UGAUUUUCCGCGGCUGACGGCACAUACAGGUGCGCCUGGGCUUUCGCUUGUGCGUAAUUUGCGGGCCAGCGGGGGGGAGAACUGCGCGUUUGACGCCGUGCGAACGCGUAAAUGUUUCGGCGUUGGAGAGAGAAAUGCGCGUGUACGGCGGAGUGGCAUGUGUCCGCGCGAACACAGCGGCGCACCAACAAGCUGCUGUAGCCCGUAGCGGAUUCACGCGAAUGGAGAAGGACGGCUUGGUUUUCUGCAACAACACAGACGGAGAGAGAGAGAGAGGGAGAGAGAGGGAGAGAGAGCGGAGCUGCAGGAGGAGUCUGUGAGGCAACAUCUCACGGAGAAGAAGGAUUGAAGAGUCACAGAUGUGGCGAGGGUUUUUUUAUUUUACAGUCUCCUUCCAGCCGAAGCCUGAGCUGCAGCCUCCACCUGACAGAUGUGUGGCACAACAACUGCAACCCACAGAGUGUCUCCUGUCGAACCUGCUGCUGAUCUGCUGUGGAGUUCUGAGGCUGCUACAGCAUCAUCAUCACAAUAACAACAUCAUCAUCAUCAUCAUCUGCCACGUCAAAGGUGACAAAGACACACGAGGAAGGAGGUGGUUUUAGGAGAAGGACCAUGUCCACCAUGACUCCAGCAGAGCUUCUUUGCUGAUUGAGGACAACCAGAGUGAUUUGCUGACUUGAGCUUUUGUGUGUGUGUGUGUGUUUGGGGCUGAUGGGAAUGUCGCGGCGUGUCAGCUGACUGACAGGGACUCAGCGGUGUUCUAGCCUGGGACACGGCCAGCGGCGGGAGGCAAUGGCUCGUCCAGGGUCGGGGUUGCUGGUGCCCGUCAAUGGAAUGGGGUAUCCGCCUCAGAACCUGGCCAGGGUGGUGGUCUGGGAGUGGUUGAACGAGCACGGGCGCUGGAGACCCUACAGUGCGGCCGUGUGUCACCACAUAGAGAAUGUACUGAAGGGGGAUUCCCGAGGCACCGUGGUCCUGGGGCAGGUGGACGCCCAGCUCGCUCCUUACGUCAUCGACCUGCAGUCCAUGCACCAGUUUCGACAAGACACAGGCACCAUGAGGCCAGUGCAGAGGAACUUCUACGAGCCCUCGUCUGCCCCGGGUAAAGGCGUGGUGUGGGAGUGGGAGAACGACAGCGGCUCAUGGACGCCUUACGACAUGGAAAUUUGCGUGACCAUCCAAAACGCCUACGAGAAGCAGCACCCCUGGCUGGACCUGACCUCUCUGGGCUUCUGCUACCUCAUCGACUUCAACAGCAUGUGUCAGACCAACAGGCAGAGCCAGCGCAAGCGGCGUCUGCGGCGGCGCAUGGACCUGGCCUACCCGCUCAUCAUGGGCUCCAUCCCCAAGUCGCAGUCGUGGCCCGUGGGAGCCAGCUCUGGCCAGCCCUGCUCCUGCCAGCAGUGCAUCCUUGUCAACAGUACAAGAGCUGCGUCCAACGCUAUUCUGGCCUCUCAGCGGCGAAAGCUCUACGGAGCAGCGGCAGACAACGCAGUAGCUGCAGGAACCCUCACGGUAGUGCGACAAAGCAACACCUUCGCUGGGACCUCCCUCUGGUCUUCGACAUCCGCUUCCUCCGGCACCAACAACAACAACAUUAGUGUGGGAGGCGGCCACGCCAAAGCCGAACAGGUGCAUUUGCCACUGUCCACUGCCAACUUCCCCUGUUCCCCCGUGAUGCCGUCGCUUUCAUCCGCCCAUGGCCACCACGCGCUCACCAUCAACGGACAGAACAACCUGAACCGGCCGGGCACCCAGCGCAUUUCCAUGGGCACUGCCAGAGGAGCGAUACCACCAGGUGUUCCUGCCCUCCCAGUGAAGAAUCUGACCGGAUCUGGACCAGUGCACCCAGCACUAGCGGGUAUGACAGGUAUCCUGAUGUGCGCUGCAGGUCUGCCAGUUUGCCUGACUCGGGCGCCCAAGCCCAUACUGCACCCGCCGCCCGUCAACAAGAGUGACAUGAAGCCCGUGUCGGGGAUCAACGGCAUGCGCCGCAAAACCAAGAAGAAGCACCUGAGGAGAGGUAAAAACCCGGAGGAUGUGGUGCGGAGAUACACAGAGAGGAUUAAAGUCAUGCCAGACGAGGACUGUACCAUCUGCAUGGAGAGGCUGGUCAUGUCAUCCGGCUAUGAAGGUGUCCUGCAGCACAAAGGCAUUAAGCCAGAGCUGGUAGGCAAACUUGGCAAGUGCGGGCACAUGUACCAUCUGCUGUGCCUGGUGGCCAUGUACAACAACGGCAAUAAGGAUGGCAGUCUUCAGUGCCCAACAUGCAAAACCAUCUAUGGGGAGAAAACAGGCACUCAGCCUCCUGGGAAGAUGGAGUACCACGUCAUUCCCCACUACCUGCCCGGCUACGCAGACUCCAGAACCAUCCGCAUUGUCUACGACAUUCCUGCUGGGAUCCAGACCAAUGAGCAUCCCAACCCCGGCAAGAAGUUCAGUGCGAGAGGGUUCCCUCGACACUGCUAUCUCCCUGACAACGAGAAAGGCAGGAAGGUCCUAAAGCUGCUGAUCAUGGCCUGGGACCGACGCCUCAUCUUCACCAUCGGCACGUCCAGCACCACGGGCGAGUCAGACACAGUGGUGUGGAACGAGAUUCACCACAAGACAGAGUUUGGCUCCAACCUGACCGGCCACGGUUACCCUGACCCCAACUAUCUGGACAACGUCCUGGCAGAGCUGUCGGCUCAGGGGAUCGGCGAGGACAACCUGAAGGACUGACGGCCGCCUGAGCCGGUACAACGGGAACACAACACACCCUCUCACAGAGAACAGGGACACAGGACGAUGAGCUGACGUGCAGCCGACGACACUUUACUCCUCAGAAAACAACAAGUACCCUGCAGACGUGGCGGCCCGAGAGCAAAGGAAGAAGAAGAAAUGCCGUGGUUAUGAAUAUUGUUUAGAUUUGAAAAAGUGUAAAAGUGUCCCCAGUGAUGUGAGCAUGCUGCGUUCAUGCCAGAGUUUCUCUGGGGUUUGAGAAAUGUAAAGAAACAGGUGGAGCAUCCGUUCCUCUGGUGGAGGCUGAAGGUUCAUGGUAUUUAAGCCCUUUUUCAAUUUCAAUUCACGCCGUCUCUCUGCACCUGGAAGUCAACGACGAGGGGCCACAUUUCUACAAAAGGCAUAACUGUAAAUGCAUGGCCCAGACUAACACUGCGUGAUGAAUGUAGAGCGAGUCACUUCAUCAGCUUUUGCUUGGUACUGUGACGAUACAAUGAGGAAAAUACCUGUUUCCUCCUUGUAUUUAUAACUAUGAUAACUCAUUAUUGACCUUUAACAAGUGGUCGCGUUGGGGGUUAUGUGAUUUAAGGAAGAAGAUCGUGACUCUUGGGAGAUGCUGAAUCUGACAUUUUUAAGAGGCGACUCCAAAGAUCACUCGCUCUGUGAAAUGGGCGUUGUGCAUGCAGAGGCUUCCGCGGACAUAAAGGCGAUGAAGUGUUAGUGUAUUGGUGAUAAAUGUAUGUUGUGUGGUUAACCUUGUGUGGACCGAUGUGGCGUCGACGAAACGAGCUUCUCGCGGGCUGCAGGUGAUGCCGAGCGCCAAGGUUGAACUCAUCUGUUUUGACGACGUGCUGAUGAAGCCGACCUCCUGCGUUGUUCUCCUCCCCGUCAAAUCGAUAUAUGCCACACGUAGUGUAUAUAUACGGGGGGGUGUUAUUGUGCCUUCUGAGGCAUAAACAUGUGAGGUUCAAGUCCAAAAUAGGAAAAGCUUCUUCUAUAUGGACACUCCCCCUUCCCUUUAUGAACACACACAACAGUUUCCCCCAAUGGCGAUCUCUCUUCCUGCUCACCUGCAGUUUACUCGUCUCCUGUGAGCUUGUUUGUUGGAACAUCUCACUCCCUGCAGAAGCUCUGCACCCAAGAGUUGUUUGGGCUGAUUCUGAUGUAUGGCUUCGUCUCCUCCUCUUCCUCCUCCUCCUCCUCCUCGACAGCAGAGCAAUCUAGGAACCAGGCAAAUGUUGGUGUAGUGAGAAAGUAGUUGGAAAACUGGAAACAUUAUAUUUACACUCAACCCCCGCCCCCCCAAUCGUUUUUGCCCGUGAGCUUCUCAGAGGUCCUCGCUGGAGAUCUCGUGACGUUUCAUCUACUCUGAGAUAUAAAAAAAAAAAGAUAAAGCCACUGCUGCAUAAUUCUCCAUUAAUAUAUCUGAUCAAUUUUAAUGAGCAGGGAAUGUUUCUGGGAGGUUUAUCGCGGUGGGCGCCCGGCGGUGAGUGAAUCAUAGUCUUCCAUAGCACUUUGAGGCUACACUUUUGUUUUUUGGAGGGAAUCUGUCUUGAAUUGCAAGAAAAUGUGUCCUUUUUUUAAGUUGACGUUUAUAAACCGGCUUGCAAUGCUUUGAAAUAUAUAAAUAUAUAUACACGAUAUACAUAUACAUUUGCAGAUGUGUUAUACCUUUAAAUUCAAGCUCAAUUUUGAGUCGACGGUGUAAGUUUAAUUUAUUUUUAUACUCUUCUAUAUGGAAAAUGUCAAGACUGGCCCACUCAUCUAUACACACGAAUAUAUCAAAUCUGGCAACAACAAAAAAAAAGACUUGUCAGACUGUCAGGGACUGUUGUGAUAUAUAUGACAUGUUAUAGGCGUCUUAUAUUACACGUAUUCUUAGCGUAUGCCGCUGUCGUUACCUUUAUGUAGAAUCCAUGUACAUGGUUCCCUGUGGAGUUCCAAUAAAUCCAGUAAACGUGUCUUUAUUAAUGGUAGUGGAGCUUUAGCAGCAUGAAAAUGGCCUCCCCCACUCAUUUCUUUUUUUGUUCUACACAUCCAGAACACGAGCGUGGAUGAAGACGACAACAGUCUUGGUUAAAUAUCGGCUGCAGCGUGACCAUAUCGCUCGUUUUAGCUGAACGAAGCGGCAGAUUGGUGGGAUUCAACGCAGUCAGUGAUUCCUUUUUAAAAAGCCCCUGGAAAUGUGGUUCACUGUGUCCUAAAUAAUCACAAUAACCUUAAUACAUAACUACUGAGAUUUUCUUUCUGAAGUGGUGAAUACAGAUCACGUUGAUCCAAACAGCCGGUGCGUCGACAUCUUCAUGGAUUCAGUAGGUUUGUCAUCUUUUUUUUUUUUCUUUAGACCCUGAAGAUAAUGAUGCCAGUGAAGUUAUUCAGUGUAUGUUUCCACUGCCCCCAAGUGGUCAAGUUUAAAUAUUUAGUUGAGUCUCCUGUGGCUUUUAAAAUGCAUACAAGUGUGUGUUUUUGAACUUGAAUUCCAUCAUUCUGGUGCCCAGAAAAACAACAACAACAAAUAAAACCAAUCAAAAGUUAGAUUUAGUCAUCGACCCCGGAGGUGAUGAGAGUGUUUUUGCUUUGCUCCCUUUAUAACACGGGACUGCGAGAGUGAACGCUUUUUUUAAAACGAUUCAAGUUUUAUUAACUAGAGAAAUCCAAAUGUUUGCUUCUUGUGUGUGGCCGCGGGAGCGACGCAGGCCCUUCAGAACUUUUCAGGUGUGUACAGAUAUUCUAAAAAAAACGUGGUGUGGUGUUUGUUUGGUGGAGGCAGAGAGCGACGGUGUUUAUGCAAUUUAAACUUAAACUUUUUUAAGAUCUACAUGAUUUAUGUGUAGCAAGGAGCCCAAACAGCAGAUGUUUUUUUCUUCUUUUUAGGGGCGCCUACCUCCCCGUUAAUGAACUAAAGGCUGAUGAUGUAUUAGAAACAAAUAUUUUUGAUGUCUGUUUUUGAACGACGAGAACUAUUACAUGACUCUUUAUUAAGACCUGUUCCAUACUGUUUUCCAUUUCAUUUUUAAGUGGCAUAAAAAAAAGAGAGAGAAACCACUUUGUCCCAACACCUGAAGUAUUUAAUGUACUUCUCUCUCUAAGUGAUACCUUAACACUUUGUGUGGAUUACACACUGUACAUUUGUGCGAAUGUGGUGCCGAGCGUGCGUCUCAUAGACAAAGAUACAGUUGUGUUCUCCUAGAGGUGCGUGUUAACCAAAGUGCGUUGGCAGUUUGUAGCUUCUCUCGCUCGGUUAGAAACUGUGGUUUUACAUCUUACUCCGCUCCGUUUAUUCUUCUCCCCCGAUCAGAUUUGAAUGACCCAGACGUGGGGACGAGGCGGCGUUUGGCUGCUCUCCUCGCUCCGUCACUCGUAGAAACAUCGGAAUGUUCAGCAUCUGAAGUUCCCAUUUUUAACUGACAUCUACAUUUGAUUCCUCUGAACCCGUGUCUACAUAAUUGCUCUCAUGAAAUGGGUCACGGACAAAGUGAGGUCGUCUAAAAGUGUCGUUAUCGGAUGACAUUGAUUAAACUAUAAAGGGCUUCUUAAUCUAUCAGUCUUUAUUGAAUUGUGAUGACCUUGUUGCAUGUUUGUGUGUUUCUUGUGGGGGAAAAAAAAAUAAAUGUGCCCUUCACUGGGGGUAGUUUGUUUGA